AUGAGUUAGUUUGAAGACAAAUAAUUAUAAAUUGUAUAGAAUAUAGCAAAAAUAUUAUGUGAGGAAAAGAAAAAUUAUGUUAUAACAAAUUUGAAUGCAGGAAGUGGUUCAUUUGGAAAAUGCAUAUUUGUGGAAGAUCGACAAGAUGCAAAUAAAAUUAAAAAAUAUGCCAUUAAAGCUCAAAUAGUAAUUGAUCCACAUCUUUAAAUAAUAGAUAAUGAAAAACUUCAAAGUUGUCAAGAUGAGGCUAAAAUUCUUAGAGAAAUAAAGCACAAAAAUGUAGUAAAGGUGUACGAGGAUUAUUAAAUAAAAAAUUAUCAUUUUAUUGAGAUGGAACAGUGUGAUAGUUCUCUUCAAAAGUGGGUUGAAUCUUAGCAAGGCACUUUUAUACCUUAGAAGCAGUUCAUACAUUUUGCAAACUAACUUUUAGAUGGAGUAGAAUAUAUCCAUAAUCUAAACUACGUACUUAGAGAUCUUUCUUUAGGCAACAUUCUAAUAUGUUAAGAUGGUACACUGAAGCUUUGUGAUUUUGGUUUAGCUAAAAAAUUUAAGCCAGAAAUAGAAGAACAAAUGCUACUUACAAAAUGUCUCAAGGGAGCAGCAUUUUAUUAUCCUCCAGAGAUAUUAAAUAGUAAAAAUGAAUUACUUUAUUCAUAAAAAGGGGACAUUUGGGCGAUUGGAGUGCGCCUUUAGAUGAUUGGAGGUAUAGACUUUUCUUAAUCUUAUCUGAUAACUAGGAAAGUUAAUACAGCUCCUAAAGUUGAUGAUGAAUGUAAUAAAUUAAUCUAAUUUAUUCUUAAUGAAGAUAAGGAUAAAAGACCAAGUAUUCCAAUCAUCAGAUAAUUUAUUUAUCAGAAUCUAAUUCUCAGUAAUCAGCAAAUAGAAAACAUAAAAUAAGGUGAAAUAGAUUAUAUAGAAAGAUACAAACAAAUUGAAUUUGAUUAUGAAAAUGUUUUAUAAAUAGAAAAUGAUUGUAUUAAAAGCUUACUAGAAUAUCCUCAAAACGCUGUGAAUCUAAUUAAAUUAGGAGAGAUUUACCUGAACUAUUACAAAGACUUGUAAAAAUCUGAAUUAUUUUUUAAAUCCUUAGGAAAUAAAUAAAUCGCUAAUUUAAUGCUAAAAUAUAAUUAACUUAGGAAAUUUUAAUAACAACUAUUUAGCUUACUAUUUAAUAGCAAGUCUUUACAGAUCCUCAUAGAAAUACGAACAAGCAAUGCAGUUUUAUUAAAAAUGUAUUAAAUAUACUAAAAACGAUGUCAAAAUAUUUGCUUAUCUAAGUUUAUUGUAUAAUGA